AUGUCCUCGCCCUGCAACGCCUCCAAAUAUGAACCCAGGCAUGGCAUCGUCCGUGACCUACGCGAUUACAUCUUCCGCUCACAAGAAAGAGCUAGAGCGUUCAGGUUUGCUAUCUCGUCUGCUCGCGUCAAAGAAAAUGGCGGACAGGAGGAGAUGAACACUGAGUGCGUCUAUGAUCUGGAUGAUUACCUGCGUUACUGUGAUGAUCUCUUGCAAUGGGCCCCGGACGUCUCUAGUCCUGGGGAUGCACUGCUCCGCAAGCUGCUUAUAUUCUAUUGGGUCUUUGAGCAGCCGUCGGUCAGAAACCUUCAAACUCCAAUUCUCCCGUCUACCUCUAGUACGGACCUGUCCUGGCUUUCAUACUGGCUUGUCGGUUAUGCCCGUGAAGUGGGAAACUGGAUGGAUACUACCGAAUCGGCCGCACAUGUCGAAUCCUUCUACAACAAUCCAAUCUACAAUCAGGACAAAGACCUCUGGGAGAAACCACCUCACGGAACAUGGAGGUCGUUUAACGAGUUCUUUUCCCGCCGCUGGGCCGAUAUCAAUGUUGCUCGUCCAAUUUCUGGCGAAGGUGAUGAUACAGUUAUUGUCCAUGGUGCUGAUUCGAUGUUUGGCGGUAGUUGGGACAUUAAUGACGGAUUCGUCAGUAUCAAAGAUGAUGCGCUCGUUGCAAAGGGGAUUGAGUGGCCCGUUAAUGAGCUACUCCAGCGGGUUGGAACAGACUUCAAUAACGGUAGCCUGAUGCAUGCAUUCCUGUCGCCGCACGAUUAUCACCGCCAGCACGCCCCCGUGAGCGGCAAGAUUGUCGAAGUCAAGAAUAUCCAGGAUCAGGUCUAUCUUCAAGUCACGAAGAAGAGAGACGGUAACAAGCUUGUCCCUGAUAGAGGGCUUACGCGUGACUCUGAAGAAGUUUCUCGACGCCAGGAAAAGAGGAAGAAGGGGCUCAGAGAGCUAGAUGCUCCGGAUGAUGCGGGCUAUCAGUGGUGCCAGACCCGUGGCCUUAUCAUCAUCGACACUGUUGUUUAUGGCAAGGUCGCCGUGCUGCCUAUUGGAAUGGCCCAUGUUUCGUCUGUUGUCAUUACUGCCAAGAAGGGCCAAUGUGUCAAGAAAGGGGAUGAGAUCUCCUACUUCCUGUUCGGAGGCUCGGAUAUCGUACUCGUCUUCCAAAACAAAGUGCAAUAUCGUGACGAUCUCAUCGUUAACAAAACCAAAAUCAACGUGAGAGAGAAGCUAGCCAGCUUUAAGUCCGUUCAAAGCAAUUAG